AUGAACGAAGGGCCCGUGUGGGGACGAAGAAAGGGCCAUAAGGAUGGUGCGACGUACGCGUGGAUACGAGGGGUUUUCUCUGGAGAUAUGGUGGAGUUCGACGACGGGCAGUGUCUACCUUGGAGUACUAUUGAGUCCGAGAUGGAGGUUCAACGAGGAAACGUCGUGUCACCGAUGGAAUUGGACGACCUUGGAAUGCUAACACAUUUGAACGAACCGUCGAUGGUACACUGCCUUGAGGAGCGAUUUCUCGGGGACAAGGUGUAUUGCCACACAGGCGACAUGCUUCUCGCCGUGAACCCUUUCAAAACCAUACCCACCCUGUAUGACAUUUCGGCGUUUCAGACGACAAUUUCCAAUGCCGGGUCCAGCACAAACCGCUCUCCACACGUAUACACAACUGCCCACGAAACAUAUCGAGCGUUGACCGUCGACAAGCACAAGAGUCAAACCGUCCUUGUCUCAGGCGAAAGCGGCUCCGGCAAGACCGAGACGACUAAAUUCAUCAUGCAAUACCUCGCCGUCGUCAGCAGCGACGCCAAGGCCGCUUCUUCUGGGAGCAGCAUCUCCGACCAAGUGCUGCAGUCGAAUCCGAUCCUCGAAUCGUUCGGAAAUGCGCGCACACUGCGCAAUGACAACAGCUCUCGCUUUGGCAAGUUUGUCAAGAUUUGGUUCGCCAAGAACGGUCAUGCCAGGUCAUUGUCGCUUGUCGGCACAUCCAUUGAGACAUAUCUUCUGGAAAAGGUCCGAUUGGUGCGGCAGGCGGCUGGCGAGCGCAAUUUCCACAUCUUCUAUGAAGUCCUGGCCGGGGCCGCGCAGGACCGAUCGCUGCAAACGAAACUGCACCUACACGACUGCGACCCCUCCAAGUUCUAUUACCUGAACCAAAGCGGUUGUGUUGCCCGCCGCGACAACGUCUCCGACGUCGAUACUUUUCACAAAGCCAUGCGAGCCAUGUCAAUCGUCGGCUUCCAUGACAAUGAAAAGGAUUCGAUUUUAGAGCUUGUGGGCGGUUUGCUUCACCUUGGCAACAUUAAAUUUGGUUCCGUGGCGACGGGUGACGCGCCUUCUUCGGACAUUCGGUCGCCUCAAGAGCUGACAUGGGUGGCGCAAUUGCUGGCCGUCGAUUUGAACCGAUUGCGGCAGGCCCUGACCACUCGACAGAUCAAGGCCAAAGACGAGUGGUACGUGGUGCACCUGACGCCAGACCAAGCGAACGACGCUCGAGACGCGUUGGCGCGGUCGAUUUAUGUCUGCCUCUUUGAGUGGCUCGUUUCCAAGGUGAACAUGUGCAUUGCCGGGUCAAGCGCAGCUUCCCACGCAACGUUCAUUGGAGUCCUCGACAUCUUUGGGUUCGAGUCGUUCGACAUCAACAGCUUUGAACAGCUCUGCAUCAACUACGCCAACGAGCGGCUGCAGCAUCACUUCAUCGACUUUGUCAUGACACAGGAGCAAGGCCGGUAUCACAAAGAAGGGAUUCCGUGGACGACGCUGGACUUGCCCCAGAACGACGGGUGCCUCGAAGUGCUCGAGUCGCGGCCGACCGGUAUCCUAGCUCUCUUAGACGAAGAGUGUAACAUUCCCAAGGGCACCGACGCUGGGUUUGUCCGAAAGUUGUACCAGAUUUACCAUGGCCACAACCACUUUCAAGCAACCAAGCGCGACCAAGUCGACCGAGCGUUCGUCGUGAUGCACUACGCCGGCGCAGUCCGUUACAUGGCCGACGGGUUCUGUGAAAAGAACCGAGACAAACCCCACCAGGCAAUCUAUGACCUGCUGUCGUCGUCAGAGAACCCUUUCAUUUGCGUCAUGUGCCGGCCGUUGGACGUCCCUGUCGCUGCAUGGAACGACGAGCAUGCACCAGUCCUUCGCCGCAAGUCGUCGAUUGUGUCAACUGGUCUCGGCGCGCAGUUUCGACGGCAGCUCCAACACUUGCUCGACAUGAUCACUCUCACGACCCCCCAUUACAUUCGAUGCCUCAAACCGAACGACGCCAACGUGAAGCUGUUAUUUGAUCGCAAGCGUAUGGCCGACCAACUUCGGUACGGCGGCGUCCUCGAGGCAGUCACGAUCUCCCGUCUCGGGUACCCUGUCCAUUUGGUCCAUCAUGCGUUCGUGUCGCGGUAUGCCGGUGUGUUGUUGCCGCCGAUGUACCGCACUGUCGGUGGCACGUCAUCGCAGAAAUUCAAUGGAAACACCAUGGCUGUUGAUACCGUGCUAACGCAUCUUGUGGAGGUUUUGGGGAGUCCACAGACUUUACCAGAACGAUUGACGUGGCCGCGACGAGAUGUCGAACUGUCCAAAACGACGACCAGGUCGAAAUGGUUUGAAUUCGGCAUGGAACGCGGCAAAACGCUGGUGUUUCUGCGCCAGGCGACGUACGAUUUUUUGGAAGCGGCCCGCGCGACGGCUUUGCACAAGCAUGCAGUCGUUGUCCAGGCGUUUGCAAAGAUGUCGCUGUGUCGCCACAGGUACUUGGUCGCACAGCAAGCGUCGGGGAUGCUGCAGCGAGUUAUUCGUGGUCACUUGGCAAGGCAACAGGUUCGCCGGCAGACAGCUACCAGAACUGCCGCCGUGUUGCUCCAGGCAAGGUAUCGCGGCUGGGUUGGACGACACAAGGUUCGCCAGCUUCGACAACACCUUGCAGCCAUUUGUGUGCAGCGUUGGUGGCGAGGAUCGCAACAGCGUCGAGUGUUUGCAGCUGUCGUGGUAGCGGUUCUGACCAUUCAAUGUGCGUGGCGGUCUCGCGUUGCCAAAGCCCAUGUCAAACAGUUGAAGCAAGACGCGAUGUCACUGAAACACACGAUUGCCGAGCGCAAUCAAUUGCGAGAAGAGCUGCACCUGUUCAAAGCGGAAGCAACGAUGGCUAACCAGCGAGCGGAAGAAGCAGAGAAAGAACUGAGACGAGUCAAGCAACUGCUUCUCGAGAUGCAACAGACGGCUGCCACCGAAAAUGGUGCUCCACGAGUGCCUCGCAUCGUCGUCGUCGAACCCUCGCAACCACGAGUCAAUUCUUCGCUUGGAUUGCCUGCGAAAGUGAUGGCCGUUGUCGAAACCCUCACCGAGAUUGCAACCACCGCGCCGUCUCCACAAAUGCUCGGCCCAACUGAAUUGGUUAAGCUUGUCGUGCCAUCGGUCGAAGUCAUGACAGCUGUCCCCGAGCCGACCCCUUACACUAAUUCAACCAAACCGGCCGAUGGGAGUAUUGAAAGUGCUACUUGUGCGGCUGAGGCGGUCGCUUCAAUGAUCGCACCGCCUGUACAACGAUCGACACCGUUGACGAUUCUGACCCCCGCUCGACCUUCUGCCAUAAUAACUCCAAACAAUGUGCAGUCCCCCUCGCGACUCGACGCUGGUCAUUUCCUUGGCUUUGCUUCCGACCAAGUUCCAACUGCAUCUUUUACCCCUCGUGGCGAGAGCGGCAACUCAACCACUGCUUUUGCAAUGACACCGCCUGCAUCGAUGGACACGGCCUUUGACAGACAACGUCGUCGUUGUCAUCCAAACGAUUUGCCCCCGGAACCGAACCAACUAGACGUUUUGCUGCAUCCGAGACCUGCAGAGGGGGAUUGCACAACCGCGACAACCGACUUGCCGUCACCAGUUGUUGCCAAUCCUCCAGUGUCGUUGUCCCUUCAAAUGGACUUGCCACCAACACCUUCUCACCACCCACGUGCUCGCUUUGUACCGCCAGAAACCGACGAUGAAAUCACUCCAGCUACCUCCAUUGACGACACAUCCGUUGUCACUAAAUCUCCGAGUCAAGCUCCUGGGGAGCACACCUUACCGACGGCAGCUUCCCCUCCUACGCCUCGUUCGAUUGCACGAUCUACUUUACCCCAACCCGCCCCGAUUGACUGCCACCGACCUCUCGGAUAUUUGAAACCCAUCGACGAAGAAGAUGGAGCCAUUGCCAUGCAGCACCCUCCUCAAAAUGCACGUUCGUUGUCUGAACUGGUAUCGCAUCGCGUGCUGGAUUUCGCUCAAGUCGAAGCAGCGCUACAACGCGGCGACGACCCAGACGUCCAAGACACAUCGGGUCGUACGAUGCUGCACUUGGCCGUUGAAAUGGGCCAUGUCGCGCUUGUGGACUUGCUGCUGCAGCAUCGCGCCAGUGUCACGAUUACCGACUACACGUGUCAGGCGACAGCGUUCCAUGUGGCUGCAAAAAUGGCAAACAUGGAAGUGUCGGGCAUCUUUUGUCGCCCCGAUGUGUUUCCCCUACUGGACGUGAACGUCCCGGACAAAGACGGAAACACCGUGCUGCACUUGGCAUGCGCUUCAGCGCGUCCAAAGGCGGCGUACGUGAUGGAGCUCUACCUAACGCUUGGGGCCGACCCGAACGCCCAAAAUGUCCUCGGUCGCACGCCGCUACACAUUUGCACUCUCAUGCGACGAGAUGACGAGCUCAUCAUGCGGUUGUUGGCGUUUGGAGCCGACCCGAAUGUGUACUCAAUCGACAAGAAAACGCCACUGCACAUUGCUGCCAAGCGAGGGUCCAUCGACCAAGCCAUCGCACUGGUUAAGCACGGAGCGAGUAUGACGCUACCGGACGCCAACCUCGUCCGGGUGUUGCACACAUCAGAUGUGUCCUCCCAGUUGCUCCCCUACAUCAUCCACCCACCCCAGUGGAUACCAGACGACGACGUGGCCAACUGCAUGGUGUGCAAGUACGAAUUCAACUUUUUCGUCCGUCGGCAUCACUGUCGACGGUGCGGCGCGGUCUGCUGUUCCGAUUGUUUGGAUCACAAAACAUGUCGGCUGUGCGUGACGUCCCUGCGCUCUGUACUCUAG